GUACGGAAGGGUCGAGCAUAUUUUAAAAACCCAAUAGUUGUGGAUCUUACACUAUAUUGUAAAAAAAACAAACAAGAAUUUGAGAAAAAAAUAUAUUUUUUCAUCUUUUACAAAAUUUGUGGAAAUAAAAAACUCGUGAUAGGAAAGACUAAAAUUGAUUUCAGUCAAUUUGUGUCUACCUCGAGUCAGCUGUACAAUGUCUCCUUUGUCAUUUUAAAAAAUAUACUCAACUGCGGAACUGCUCACUUGAAGAUAUACUGUGGUACCAUGGGGGGAGGGGCACACGACAUCACCGCAGCAUCGGUAGACAGUGGGGCGGAGUUUCCCCCCACUCGCAGUUGUUCGCUGCCGCCAGGUGGAGGAAGCUCCAGCGUGGAGACGAACGCAGCUAGCAAAAAUGAUAGUGAUGGAGGCGGAAAUGGGAGCAUGGUGGGGAGCAGCUUCUCCGGCGAAGAAAUUAAUGAGGCUUACACGUGGGAGGACAUCACAACCAACUCAGAGAAGGCAAGCAACUGGAGUGGCAAAGGUCAGCAGUAUGAUCGCCCCAUUCGCUCGCGCGAUAACUCCAUUGAUGCCUUAAAACGGUCCAUAAAUAGUUCGCUACAAAAGUUGACGCGAAUGAACGGCCCGCGUUGGCACCAUGGACCCAGUGGGCCCAAUGCGAAGGGUGUUACUAUGCAAGUGAAACCGCCGAGGGGGGUCCCAAUGGCACACACAAAUGGGGAGAAAAAAGGCACCGAUAGAGGGAAAAAACCCUGCAGCGAGAGUGGAAAAAAAACCUGCAGCGAGAGUGGAAAAAAAACCUGCAGCGAGAGUGGAAAAAAAACCUGCAUCGAGAGUGCAAAACCCCCAUGCAGCGAGAGUGGAAAACCCCCCUGCAGCGAGAAAAAGACGCAGACGUACCAUCUGAAAAAAAAAAUAAACAGAGGGAAAAACAAAAAUGAAGCUAAUCAUCCAGCAUUGGAAGUACAAUCAGUUAUCCGAAAUAUGGAGAAGGCAAUAAAAAACGGAGAAAUAAUACAAAGCAUGAACAGGUCCGUUUUGAGACAAACCGGUGAGGAAGGGGAGACUCAGGGAGGGCACACAACAAGGCGUACACAGGUGCACACGCCGACACGCAGAUACGACGCGGUUAACAAUCUGAAGGAACGUUCCAACCCGAACGGAGUCAACUCUACGGGGGGGAAAGCGGAAUGCCAUCCGAGAGAGCAACAAAAUGGGCAAAGUAGCCAUCCCAGUAAUUACAACAUGCACUUGGUCGUGGAAGAAAAAAACUGUCAAGUUGGGAAGACAUCAAGUGGGGGGCUACCAAGUGGGGGGCUACCAAGUGGGGGGCUGCGAAAUGGGGGGCUACGAAAUGGGGAGCUACGAACUGGGGAGCCGCCAAAUGGGGAGCGACCAAUCCAAAAUAAUUUUCAUCACACAUGUAGAGAGUUAAGCAAGAUGAACUGGCCACUUGAACACAAUCGAGUGCAACGCUGUGGUGAACGAGAAGAACGUUUCGAACCCUCCAUGAUGGCACUUCGACACUUACUCCUCAUGAGUGCACAAUCGGCACACAAAUGGGACGACUACCAUUGCGUGGGAAGUUAUGACACUCCGUUGCGUCCUCCACAUGAUGGUUGUACCGUUUCGCGAACAAGAGAAGCGGUGUAUAGAAAGGGGCUCCCGUGUUGGGGGGAGAGAAACUACAAUCAAAUGGCACAAAAAUGGGGAGACGGAACUGACCAAAUGAGCACACACUUUGCAAGUAUGGAGUUUCCUAUUGGAGGUCCCACCAAUGUCGCAUGCCCCCACUCGUGCGCUACACGAGAAGAAGAAAAUUUUCUGUUUCGCUCGGUAAAUGGGAGAGGUCCCAAAGGAGGUGAAAUGGAGAAGAACCUUUUGGAUCCCGUCGGUGGGGACUUCUCCCAUGCGUUAUAUCGCAACUGGAGAGGAGUCACAAGAGAAGGCAUACACACACGGAGUGCCAAUCUUGGCAGCGACUUCGAACCGAAUGGACUAGCCAAUCGAUUACAUCAGGCACAAUUCUCAUCGCAACAUGGCUACCUUUUUAAAAAAGCCUUAAGUGGAGAAGAAGGGGCAGCAGCACCACAUGAUGAUCACGUAGAUGUGCAUAGCAACGAAAGGACAAGUAUUCAUUCGGAAAUUAAAAAAAUCUCAAGUGAGGAAAAUAAAUCCAUGAACGAGUUAAUCACAAUUCACAAGUUGGUAGAGGACAUGCAAAACGUGCAGCUUGUUAUUAAAGAAUUAACCGGUACAUUGGUCAGUAGUGGCCACAGAGGGGUGAGCAAUCAUGGGGAUCCAAACACAACGGAACAGACCCACUCCGACGGGGGAAACACCAUUUCACUUUUUUCUCCACCUUCCCAUGGGGGACCAAACAAAGAGAACUCAACGCAUGAUGGAAAUGACUCAGAUCACGAUUUGUCCUCUGGCGACGUGCAGAAAUACGAAGAAAAAAUUGCUAACCUUGUGCAGGAACUAAUGAACACUAAACUGCUCUUGGCACAGAGUGAAACAAAGAGGGAGGAGGAUAUGAACGAGAUGAAUCGGCGGUGCGGUAGUUAA